AUGCAAAACAAACGCCAAGCACUCCAAUCUAAAAUUGAAUUUCUUCUCUCUCAACUCACUCAUUCCUAUCCUCCUCUUUGUGAUGAUUACUCUAAAAACAACAAGAAUGAACAUUUGGCCCAACAAAAUCUUGAUUUGCGUUUUCAACUUUUAAAACUUCAACAAUUAUUAUUGAAGUCCGACAAUCAAGAAUUGUUGAACAAAUGUGAUCAAGAAUGGAUGACAAUUCUCAUGAAUUUCAAUGAAAUGAAAAAUGCUUUCCCAACUCUUCGUCAUGUUCAACGAAAUGAAAUGUCAUCCGACAACAUGACAAGUGACACUCGAAGUGAUUCCGAACCAUGUCCAUCCAUAAAGCAUUUUCAAGAAAUUUCACAACUGAACGCACAAGUGAAACAAGCAAAAGAUCGUUUUUCACAAAAAUUGGAAAUGACUGAUCGUUUUUAUGAACAACUUUAUGAGGGAGAUUUGGAAUCAGAUAUUUUGACACGCAUUCAAGAACAAUUAUUGAUGAAUCCUUUCGACAAGUGUCAUUCCAAUUGUCAAUCUCAUGAUUCAGCAAUGUCCAUUACCAAAUAUAGUAUCACCAACGAACAACAUACUCAACUCUUUCAUUCACUUUUCACACACUAUCAACAAUUGAAAGAUAUUAUUUUAGAGAGUGAUUAUGUUCAAUUAUUGAACGAAUUGGCGAUCAAAGCAGAGGAUCAUAUUGAAAAAAUUACAAAUUUCUUACAGAGUCUUGAAUUGUUUGACAAUUCCACAUUGAUGAAUGAAAUUCAUAAAAGAUUGAGUUACAGCACUUUGAAUGGUGUGAACGGAGGUCAAGAAUUCAUCAAAGCUUCGAUACUUGCGAUUCAUUUUAAAUUUUGGAAAGAAGAUGCGUGUGCUGACAUUCAACUGUCAAAUUUGUCAAGUCAAGAAUUCACUCAUCUAUUGGCAAAUACUCUUCGAGAUUUAGCAAAUGGUUUAGAAGAAGGACAUUCUCAUGAAGGAGACAUGUCAUUAUUGAAUGAAAUGAUUCAACAAACGAAAUUAGCCUUAAUGGAAGAAGAACGCAAUCUUUCAGAGAUUGAAUUGUCAAAAAAGUUUCCUCAAGAAUUAUUUGAUGGACUUGUGGGUUGCAUUUCGUAUUAUCGACAUGUGCAACAAGUAGCAAAUUCACUCGUUCAAGAAUGUAUUCCUUUAAUUUUUCAGAAACACAAAUAUUAUGAACAUGCAAACGAGUGGAUUCAAAAAUUUCCAUCGAUGAAACAGAGAAUGGAUGAAAUUACGAAAAAAAAGAGAAGUAUUGAACGUUCCAUUAAAAAGAUUAACAUUGAAAUUGAAGGUUUGAAAGAAGAUUUGAUUGGUGAUACAGAUGUGCAACAACAAGAACUUUUGAAAAAGGAAAUUUCUGAAAAGGAGCUCGAAAUACUGACAAAAAAACAAGAAGCUCGACAAUGGAUGAAUGAAUCCAACGAAAUUCGUCUGAAAUUAUUGACAUUGCGACAACUUGGAUUUUCAGAUGUUUUUUCACACCUCUCUGAAGAGAGCGCUCCAAUUUUGGGAAUUCCAGAACUCUCUUGUGACUUUUUCAAGAAAAUUUCUCCACUUUCUGGUUGGAGUGGUAACCACUCUGUAUUUGAAGGAAUUGAUUUUCAAUCGAAAAGAUACAUUAUUAAGCAAUAUCAAGUGAGAGAUCACAAAGAUUUGGACAAGCUCAAAAAAGAAUUGAAAAUUCUCCAAAAAAUUAAGCAUCGAAAUAUUGUCACGAUCGAAGGGUAUUACUUGGAGACUAAUUCUUCACACAAUUCAAUGACUAUUUAUGUAGUGAUGCCAUUCUAUAAUGGAGGAGAUUUAAAAAUUUUCAUUUCUACUCAACGACAAGAACAGUCGAAAAAUUUGGACAUGAUUUUCUGGGAACGUUUAUGGAGACAAUUACUUAAAAUUUUUAUUGAAAUGAAUGAAGAAUCUCAUAUUCGAGUGAUUUUAGGAGACUUUGAUGUGAGUUAUGACACUCAAAAUCGAACAUUGAAUAUUCUCACAAGGACUGCUGGAUCAAGUGGAACUCUCGAGUAUUUGGCUCCUGAAAUUGUGAAACUUGGACAAAAAGCAUCGUUCAUGUCUGACAUGUACGCAUUUGGAAAGACCAUCCAAAAUGUCAUGACAUCACAAGAAUUGUCAGAUUUUUCCUCGCUGAAUCAAUUAGUGGCACAAUGUCUCAAUGAAAAUCCAUCAAAAAGACCCACCUCAUCAGAGGCAUUGGCCAAUGAAUUUUUCGUUGUGGAUACUCUUCCAAAAGAAAUUGAAUUCCAAAACAAGUUAAAGCAAGUGGAACUCGACAAACAAUUAUUGAAUCAAAAACAGUCAGAAAUGAGCGAAUUAUUGAAAAGUUUAGAUCUUCAGAGACAAGAAAUUCAAAGAAAGGUUUUGGAAUUGGAAAAUGAAAGACAGCUCUAUAAAGAUGAAAGUGAACAUCAACAAUUAGAAAUUCAACAACAGAUUUACAAGCUUCAGAAAAAGGAAAAAGCAUUACAACAGUUGGAUGAAAAAUUGAGAAAUGAUUCCAAAUCACAACUCAUUGUCACAUUGCCUUCUUAUUGGAAACAUCGACUCGUUGGAGAAGCUCCUCAACAAACAAUGGUUGAUGUCACCAAACACAUGAAAGAUAUCUUCCAGGAAUUGCUCGAUUUCACAUGCCGUACCUCGACAUUGGGAAGCGGACGAGAUCAACAAGUUCGAAUGACCUACACUCGUUUGGUGGUGAGUCAAGUUUUCAGAAUUGAAAAUCCAACAUUAUUUUCCUUGUAUAGUACACGAAAACAGCAACUUGUCUCUUAUAACGAUCCUGCAAAUCCAAUGAAGGUAAAACCUCAUGAAGUGACACAUUCGAAUGCUCAGUCCUGGAUCAAACAAUGUGGUUUGGACAUGACUUGCAACGAAGUCUAUUUGUGGCAUGGAACCAAACCGAAUGUGGUCAACUCCAUCACUGAACACGGCUUUGACGAGAGAGUGAGCAAUUUAAGUGGCCUGUUUGGAGCUGGAAUAUACUUUGCAGAAUAUUGCAGUAAGAGUGAUCAAUACUGCACUCCAGACUCUAAUAAUGACUAUUCCAUGUUUUUCAGUCGAGUUGUGUUGGGAAGACAAAUUUACAAUGCAGGAGCUUCAUCUAAUUUAGGAAAUCAACGUAGACCUCCACAAAUUCCAAAUACCAAUGGAAGAGUGUAUGAUAGUGUGAUUGGAAGAUCGAAUGCAUCUUCAGGUUCAUAUGCUGAGUUCAUUGUCUAUGACAAGAAUCAGUGUUAUCCAGAAUUUCUUAUCAAGUAUAAGAGACAAUAG